AUGAGCCCGGGCGAGUGCGGCGGCGGCGGCGGCGGCGACGCGCGGAAGGGCGCCCCGGCGGGCGGCGGCGGCGGGAGUCGCCCAGCGACGGCUGCGGGGGCCUGGGCGGUGAGCGCGCUGUGCCUGCUGCUCUCCGUGGGCUCGGCAGUUGCCUGUCUGCUGCUGGGCGCCCAAGCGACCACGCUGCAGGGCCGGGUGGCGGCGCUCGAGGAGGAGCGGGAGCUGCUGAGACGCACGGGGUCCCCGGCCGCCCUGGCCGCCUGGGCCGAGCCGCACCUGGAGCGUCUGCUGCGCGAGAAGUUGGAGGGACUGGCCAAACUCCGGACAGUUCGGGAAGCGCCAGCCGAAUGCGCCUGCUCCCAGGGGCCCCCUGGACGGCGUGGCAAGCCUGGAAGAAGAGGCGAUCCCGGUCCUCCCGGGCAAUCAGGACGAGAUGGCUACCCGGGGCCGCUGGGUCUGGAUGGAAAGCCCGGACUCCCGGGCCCCAAAGGGGAAAAGGGAGCACCAGGAGACGUCGGCCCCCGGGGGGACCAAGGGCAAGAUGGCGCUGCGGGGCCUCCAGGGCCCCCUGGACCCCCGGGACCCCCUGGGGCUCGGGGCCCUCCUGGGGACACUGGGAAAGAUGGCCCCAGGGGAGCACCAGGCCCAGCGGGCCCCAAAGGAGAGGCUGGACAAGACGGCGAGCUGGGCCCAAAGGGACCCCCGGGGUCCAAGGGUGAGCCUGGCGUUCCCGGAAAGAAGGGGGACGACGGGGCGCCAAGCCAGCCAGGGCUCCCUGGACCUCCAGGACCCAAGGGCGAGCCAGGGAGCGUCGGGCCACGGGGAGACAGCGGCAUGGACGGUGCCCCAGGGCCCAAGGGGGAGCCCGGCCAGCGAGGAGCCGAUGGAGCUGCAGGGCUGCGGGGUCCCCCCGGCUUCAAGGGCGAGCAAGGAGACACGGUGGUGAUCGACUACGACGGCAGGGUCCUGGACGCCCUGAGGGGUCCUCCCGGGCCACCAGGGCCCCCAGGGCCACCAGGGAUCCCCGGAACCAAGGGCGAGCUCGGGCUGCCAGGUGCCCCCGGCAUCGACGGAGAGAAGGGUCCCAAAGGACAAAAAGGAGACCCAGGAGAGGUUGGGCCCCCUGGACCCAAAGGGGAAGCAGGCGAGAUGGGCCUGCCUGGCCUCCCGGGAGCCCACGGCCCCAAGGGGCAGAAGGGAGAGCCAGCACCUGACAAGCUACCAGAGAGCCUGGCCCAGAUCAUAGUGGAGCCAGGGCCGCCCGGCCCCCCAGGUCCCCCAGGCCCCAUGGGCCUGCAGGGAGUCCAGGGUCCCCAGGGUUUGGAUGGAGCAAAGGGAGAGAAGGGCGAGGCAGGGGAGAGAGGCCCCAGCGGCCUGCCUGGGCCAGCCGGCCCUCUGGGCCUCAUUGGGCUGCCAGGAACCAAAGGAGAGAAGGGCAGGCCCGGGGAGCCCGGGGAGCCAGGACUAGAUGGUUUCCCCGGACCCCGAGGAGAGAAAGGCGACCGGAGCGAGCGUGGCGAGAAGGGGGAGCGAGGCGUCCCCGGCCGGAAAGGCGUGAAGGGCCAGAAGGGCGAGCCGGGACCGCCAGGCCUGGACCAGCCUUGCCCUGUGGGCACCGACGGGCUGCCCAUGCCUGGCUGCUGGCAUAAGUGAUCCUCAGUACCCAGCUCACAACCUGUACAGAUUCAUGUGGACAUUUUUAAUUUUUGUAAAAACGAAACAGUAAUAUAUUGAUCUUCUUUCACGGGAUGCACUGCCUGUGGCCUUUUAACCUUUGAGCAUGCGCCUAGCCCAGCCCCAGAACAGCCAACACGUGACGCUGGCAGGGAUGCGGACAGGUCCA